AUGAUGCCACAAAGAAACUAUCACAAAAGUUCAAGAGCGUUAGUCGCCAAUGGAAGCAUAAUGAAUAUUGAGUAUUCACCCAACCCUUCCACGGGAAAAGCUGCCUAUGACAGGUCGCCAAAGAAAAGAGAUAGCUUCAAAAUUCAAAAAGCUAAGCGUCUCGAUGUUAGCGAUACGCACUCUCCACUGAUUACAGAGACCUCUGAUGUGUCACAAUGCUUUGCCACAAACUAUCAGGCUGAUGGUAGCGCUGUGUUGAGGAGCUCGGUCUAUAUGGGUCGAGGUUAUCCUGCUGCGGGAGGAACUAUGGCCCAGUACACACUUAUGAACCACAAGGCAAACGACUCCAACGACAAAAGCAACAAUGGCCUAGAUCGGCCAAGUAAAAUGACAUCUGGUCUAGUCAAUAGAGCGCGACAGGAGUCAACCGACAACCGUGUAGAUCAUCGAUUCACUGAUUUUGAACAAUUUGGUUUUCAGACGUUCCCGUCGUAUUUCAACCCCCGCGCGGCCACAAACAUGCCACACCAAGAAAAAGUUAACAAAUGGAUUGAGAAUGUUCCCGUCAUCAACCUGGGCGACGGUAAUUGGCGUUCCGACUGCUUCAACGUGGAUAAUGAACUCGACUGGGAAGAGCGAGAAUUUGAUCUUGCGUACCAUGAGUGUAUGUCUCUCUCUCUUACGACUGCCGAUGAAGUUUUACAUCUCCAAGCCAAACGACUUGAUACUCUAGUUCGCAGAAUUUACGAUCUCACACCGGAGGUGCCUCUCAACGCCACGGGCAAAUAUACUACUUGA